AUGGAUACGGGUCAACAAAAGCUCAUCCAACUCGACUCUUCUGAUAUUGCUGGAGCAGAUGUUGGCCAACUGGAGAAACCAGAGAAGAAGAAGAAGUUGAGCUCCGUUAGCUUCUAUGAACUGGACAUUCUACGAGCCCCAAAGACCAAUGAGGCCACGGGGGACACCAAGAGCACCAAGUCAGCAGAUGAGAAAAAUAAAGAUGACUUCUCCUCCAGCAAGGAUGCAGAUCCGGGUUAUCUAGAUAAAGCAGAAGAGAGGACAACUCAAAAUAACGAGGUUCCUGACUAUUUAGCUCAAGCAGAAGAGAAGACCCCUCAUGACGAUGAAGAGCAAUGCCUCAGCUACUUUGACCAGGCUUCCCGCCAGUCGCCCCCCUCAAGGCACAGGCACCGAAUCCUAUCUUGCCCUUGCAAAGAGUGCGUGGAAAAUCUGCAAAACAGACGCGAGGAGGUUGAAAACGCGACCGUUAUUGACAAACAGAAGAACGACGAGUUCUUGACCUGCGAGGACAGUGCUUCCCUCAACUCCAACCGGAGCAGGAGUUCUUCAGAAAAGUCAAGCCACACAAACUCGUCAGAGGAGGAACCUACGGGCAACAGGUUGGAUGCCCAAGUGACUUUACCGUACCCGGACAACAGCCGACCACCAGGAUGCAUCACGAGGCUGAGCAACGAUGGUCUCUAUGAACCCAACGAAGACCUGGCGGUGAAGGCCAACAAAGACGAGGAGGACAAGAUAUCGCAAGUGGUCAGCACAGCUUUCUUUGUGCAGCAUCCGGACGAGAAGAUGGCCCAGCAGAAGAGGGUCCAGUUGGAAAUGGAGGAAAAAGUGGACAUUGAGAAAGGAGAGGCGGAAUGUGAGCCCCUCAUCCGUACCAUCCGAAGAACAGCCGAGGAGGAGCACCCAGAUCCAAGGAUCUGUCAUUGUAACAGGGGCUGCUUGAAGAUUGUAGGCUCCUUUGUGGCCUCCAUGAUUGUCUUUCCGGCUUUCCUGUACGGGGCGUAUGCUUGGCUGCCUUUUAAUACCCCACUGAUGCCCGACAUACCCACCAGGCUGAUCUACACCUUGCGGUGUGCGUCCUUUGCCACAUUCCCCAUCAUUCUAGGUGUCAUCAUCCAUGGAAUCUCACGUCUCUGUGCCGCCUCUUACGACCCCUUUAAACCCAGAGAGCGUGAGGUGACCAUACACAGGCGGUUUGUUAAGCAAGGAACGUUCCUCUUUGUCCUCUACUUCUUCAACCUCUCUGUGCUGGCCACCUACCUGUCCCAGGACCACCUGAAGGUUAUCCCACUCCUCACUUGCCUCUUCACCCUGGCUCAGCUCAUCUACUGGCUGUCCUUUGCGGUCAGCCGAUCGUUCCGCGGUUUCGGUUACGGCCUGACCUUCCUCCCUCUCCUCGCCAUGAUGGUCAGCAACCUCUACUUCAUGUUUUUGGUGGAGCCGGAGAAGAUGGUUUAUCUGGGGAGCAGAUACGCCCCCCAAAACUAGCCCUGAAACCAUU